AUGGUAAAAAUUAUCACCUCUUCCUUGUGCUUAAUCUUUCUGGCUUUCUCCACGGUGCAUGGAGAACCCCAAGAUACCUGCAAAAAAUUGAAGUGUGGCGAUAAAGGCCCAGCUGUCCAUUUCCCUUUCAGCCUCAAAGGCAGGCACCCAGAUCACUGUGUCUUUCCUGGGUUUGUCCUGUCAUGCAAUGAGAAGCAUGAAACAAUUCUUGAGCUUCCAAUUCCAUUCAAAUUCCCAGUCAAAAGCAUAGAUUAUAAGGCUCAGGCAGUCCAAUUAUAUGAUCCAGAAGGCUGUCUUCUGUGUGAGGCAAGGGGCAAGAUGUGUAGAUUGAAGAACAAUGGCACCAGAAGUGAAAUUGAAUGUGUGGACUUCAGUAAAGCAGGUACAAUAAGGAAAUGGGUGGCAACAGGUGCAUCCCUGGGUCCACUUGUUGUCUUACUCCUGGUCAUUGCAGCCUAUCGUGUCUACAGUUCUGAUAGAAAAGAAAAAGAGCAUCAAUUAAAGAUUGAAAGAUUUUUAGACGAUUACAGAGCUCUCAAACCUAGCAGAUAUUCAUAUGCAGAUAUUAAGAGGAUUACAAAUGACUUCAAGUACAAGUUAGGGGAAGGAGCCUACGGAACUGUUUAUAAGAGCAACUCCACCCAUUUGCCCUUAGCCAUGGCAAGGGGGGGAGCUAGGGCAGCCACUAUUCACGUGAAUAGUGGUUGCCCUUGCAAAAUCCAAAUUUUGUGUUUCCACCCGUUGCCCUUGCUAAGGGCACCUUGGGCUGGGCUGCAGCGGUGGAACCGCUCUAAAGGAAUGCUUUCUUCUGAACUCUUCGUUGCUGUGAAAGUCCUCAAUAGUUCUAAGGGAGAUGGGGAAGAGUUCAUCAAUGAAGUGGGAACAAUGGGUCAUAUCCACCAUGUCAAUGUCGUUCGAUUGGUUGGCUUUUGCGCUGAUGGAUUUAGACGAGCUCUUGUUUAUGAGUUCUCACCAAAUGGUUCACUGCAGGAUUUCAUUUCAUCACCAGACAAUAAGAACAGUUUCCUUGGUUGGGAUAAGAUGCAAGAUAUUGCUCUAGCCAUAGCCAAAGGAAUUGAAUAUCUUCACCAAGGAUGCGAUCAGCGAAUCCUCCAUUUUGACAUCAAACCUCAUAAUGUUUUGCUAGACCACAACUUCACUCCAAAGAUUUCUGAUUUUGGUUUAGCCAAGUUAUGUUCCAAGGAUCAAAGCAUAGUGUCAAUGACUACAGCUAGAGGCACCAUGGCUACAUUGCACCUGAAGUGUUCUCCAGGAACUUUGGAAAUGUGUCCUAUAAGUCAGAUGUGUAUAGUUUCGGAAUGCUACUGCUUGAGAUGGUAG